UCUUCCUGCACUAACUCUUACUUAUCUGGUAGAUUUGGAAAGAACAUUUAUUUAUCAAAGGAGUAGGUUUGGCGGAAAGCACAUAAGCUCAACGGGUGCAUGUACAAUUGAUAUCACGGCCGGCCGCUUGUUUUAUUCCAGGUGACGUCAGAUUAGAUUAGGCGACUCGGCGAGCGUUAUCUGCCUCUUAUUCUUGGUGCCCCUCGUCCAGACUGCGGUACGACUGCUUUUAUGUAACUGGAGGUGCAUCCGAAACGGCCUCUGAUGGCUGCUGGCCUCCUAAUUGUGUCCGUGGUGGUUUUUGUCGUUGCUACGGCCACCCCGGAGACUACUGCGAGCAGCGUAGUGCGCAUCACAACGUUGGAUCAUGGGUUGAUAUUGGCGGAUUCUUCCACCACUAAAACCCCGUGCAAUGAUAAUCAAUAUGAAGAAGAAGAUGGUACAUGCCAGGAAUGUAAAAAGUAUGGAGAUAAUUGCACGCUUGACCGCCGAGACGAUAUCGAUGAGUGUUGCACUACUCGAACGAAUUUAAAGUGCAAAAGACGGAAUAACGUCCCCCGUUGCUUUUGCAAGGAUGCAGACAUGACUUUCGAAGAUGGAAAAUGCAUGCGUGACAGCUCAAAUCUGCAAUUCAUGACAGCUGCCCAGGUGGCCCUUGGAGUCGCCCUGGUGAUUUCAGUUGCUGCUCUGACGGCGCUCACCUGCAAAAUGUGUUCUAAUCGCCGGCGAAUGGAACAGGUGGCCCAGGAAUUCCACAGGGGUAGCAUCAAUACCGCGAGUCUAAAUAGCGUGCAACGCUUCGUUUUGGGAAGGCUGCGGGACCGCCCUCCCAGGUAUGAUGACGUUCCGGACAAACCCCCUGAGUAUGAACAAGAGCCUGUGGCCGAACUGUCCACGCUGCCCAUGCCACGGAUACCUGCGCAGAUGGCUGCAAGCAGAAUCCCAGGACGGCGCUACAGGUUGCCCCCGGCAGCUCCACCAGCGUACGCUGAAGUUGAGCCAGCCGCUUCGUCCUCUUCCUCAGUAGAUACUCAACCCGAGCCUACGUCCUCGGUGGUAGAUUCACCAGACAAUGCCGGUCCUGCGGAGACUGUAGCAGAGAAUGAACAACAGCACAAGCUGCAGCCUGUUGAUGAGCCUGUUAGCUCCAUAAGUCCGCCUAGCCCUGAUGACCAAGGUGGCGUGGACAACCCUGCGUUCAGCCUCGAAAAUGAGUGCCAUAUGUGAUAAUUAAAAAUACUGUUAUUAUUAAUUAUUUGCAUAAGAUGAAAACUAUUAGACUGUAAUAUUUUUUCAGUUGAUAUCUUGUUUUUUUUUUUAAAAAAAAUUGUUACUCACAAAAAUUUGUACAAAUAAAGUGAAAUAGACAAUGAGUAAACA